UCUUAAUGAUUAUAUAAAUCAAAAUGCACAUGAAAAUAAAUUAUUGUAUGAAUCAUUAAUGAAUUUAAUAGAAUCUGAAACUGAAGCUUCUUGUUUACAGGCUGCUCAAAAGUGCAAAAUUCGGAAUGACGUUCAAGAACUUAUAGUUUGA